AUCCCCACCUGCAACAAUUUGCAUUCCACUCUAGCUUUUCUCUAUCCAGAUAUUCGAUCUAGCAUUCCCUCAUUCCCCACAUACUAUAUCCAGACCGUCAUCAGCUACAUCUGCAAAGCCCAAGGAAUAUAAAAAUGCCAAAAGACACCAUUGGCGAUGGCCACUCUGGCAAAAAUAAGCCGUAUAUUCCGCACGACAACCCUGUCUUGCCCGCACCUCCCAUGUGCCCAGUCGCCAUCCGGCACUCGAUGUCUGACCUAACGCUCGAAUCGACAUUCCGCAUGGAGCAGCAGUCCAGCUGUCUGUUUAGCCAGGGUGCCAAGGCUGAAAGCAUCGGGGGCCAGCCCGAGUCCAACGUGGUCGUUGCGACGCUCAAAUUCCUGAACAUCACCAUGACACAGUGGUUAGUCAGUUGGGAUACUAUAUCGUGGGUGCUCAUUGGUCCUCAUUUGGCGCGCCGCGGUAUGGACCUCGAAGUGCUCUCGCUUCUGGCGCCCGCAUACUAUCUGGUAUCGCUACUGGCCCCCCUCUACCUGUCGCUAAAGAGCCGUGUGCGUCCGUGCUCACGCGAGCGGCGUGCGCUGUGGCUCGACAGUGAUGACACAGACCAAUCUAGCAUGCGCCAAAUAAUCCGGGAUGUUUCUGGAUUUCGGGUCGUCGACAAUGCUGCGCUGGCAAUCUGGGAAACAUCGCAGCCACCUGGCCGCUGGUCGCUGUCGAACAGCGACCUGGGCAUACCGCGCUUCAUCCGGGCUAUCGAUGCCCUAGCGGUGGCAAAGUAUCGCGUGCUGCGUAUUCCGCCACUAUUUGAUGAUUUCGGCUGGAUGCACGGGAUAAUGAUGGCCAGCUCCGCAUGUCUGCUCGUCACCAUUGCGUGGGGUGGGCUGCUGCUGGUUGCCAAUCUUUUGGUCAUGGCACCUGGUGUCUGGCAGUGGCUAACAGAGUACGUAAUUGGUGCUGCGUCGUGCAUCCACGGUGGUUCUCCCGGCCGCACGCAAAGGUGUUCAUGCACAGCAUGCAGGCGGGCGGAGAAAGCUGAUGCCACUAAUAUGCCCUGGCAUGGACUGUUUGGGCUGCGUGAGCUCGACUACUUGGGGGCAGGCAUAGCGAUCGUUGCCGGCGCACGUUACCCAUGGACCUCGCCAAUCCGGUACUCUGCGUGUCGGCCAAUAAUCGUACACCGCUGGUUGCGGAUCCGCAAUGUCACUUUGAGCUUUGUCUGCCUGCUGCUCGUGGGCACGGCACACGCCACACAUCUGUUCUACCUGCCGCUGUACUUUGUAUGCACUUGGCGCUGCGCCUGUUUGCCUUAUCUGCUUGGGUGGAUUCCAGCUGGGCUGAUUGUGGACUGGGCUACGCCGCGCUACGACACUUACCGAGUGUUUGUGUGGGUGGGCACUGGGCUUUUGUGCGCUGGUGCUGGACUGCUGGCUCAACUGACCGCGUAUUCGCAUAUCGACGUGCAGAUCGCAUACCUGGUAAUUAAUGGCAUUGGGAUGUGCCUGGCAAUCCGUGGGCUCCUGUUCACUGUCAACUCGGCGCGGUUUGUCCAUGACAGCAUGCCUGCCGCCUUGCAUCUGAUGCGAUACCUGACCCGCUUGGGCCAUAUCAUCGGUGUUGGAAUCAUCAACUGUGUGGUAAUCAGCCACGGGCACAGCCUGUGGAAGCAGUACGGGCACAACGACGGAUGGAACAUGUCAGAUAUCACAAUAGUGGCGAGUAUGCAGAUGAAGGAGUCUAAUGGCGGAGUCACGUUUGGUAACAUAUAUGAUGCCAAAGAGUUCAUGUUCUUCAACGAGGUUUUUUGCAGGGCGUUUGCAGUGGCAUUCUACAUGCUCAUUCCGGCAGCUGGUCCUCUC